ACUUGACCCUACUCUCGAAAAACAAAAUGUUCCUUCUGAUGGUUAUUCUGCCGGAGUAGCAGUUCCGUCGCCGGAGACAGCAAAGAAAUAGUUAACUGCAUUAGCAGAUUCACCAUUUUCUGUUUUUUUGUUUAUCAAUGGAAAACUUGCUACCGCUUGACACUGCGGUUCUGCUACAUCAAAACCAAAAACUUUCUCAAAAGCUUGAAGCUCAGAAGAUUGAGAUUGCAGUUCUUGAAGAAAAAUUCACUGAGUUGAGGGACAAACAGAAGCCAUAUGAUAACACUCUGUCUGUUAUUCAGAAAUCAUGGGAAGAGUUGGUUGGUGAAUUGGAAAUCUGUUCUAUGCGCACAGAGGAUCCGAUAAGACAUGGAAAUGCAAGUAACCAUCAAUCUUGCGCAGAAGAUGGUUCUGUCUAUGCAUGCGACGAUUCUUUCUUAAGUCGCCUUUUACAAACUGGUGCAACUGAAAGCAGCUCUGAUGUUAACACUCAAACGGAAUAUGAACAGAUGAAAAUGGAUGAUCAAAAGAUCAUGAAAAUAUUCCGGAAUAUAGUAUCCACUGUAGAUGACAUUAGGCAAAUGAAGGACAAGUUGUGUGCUGCAGUUCUUGAGGUGCUUCCUGAAGAUGGAUCAUGCCUCCAAAAGUCAUCGAGUGAUUUGCAUAUAGGAGUUAAAAAUCUUAUACAAACAAUAAAUGAACUUCAUUUGAAGCAUCGAUCCCUGGCUGGUGCAUUGCAGAAUCAUAGAGAUACCGAUGCUAAGAAUAAAGCCGAGCUUAAGUGUUUAAGAGGGGAGUUGGAGAAAACCAUUGCACAUUUGGAUGAAAGUAACAGAAAAUUGGCAAUUCUAAAAGCAGAGAAAGAUGCUGCCAAGGGGGUUCUCUUCCCUGUCCUGAAUCUUGGAAAUAAGCACUCUGCUAAUGAUAAGGCGAGAGAUAAGCAGAGAGACAUGCAGGAUAUGGAGUCCACACUUAAGGAGUAUUUGGACCAAUCCUCUUUCCGUUUAUUCGAACUCAAGCGUCUUCAUGAAGAAAGGAUAGACAUAUUGAAGCAGUUGUCUAAUUUACAGAACAAACUAAAGAAUGUGAAAGCCAUAUGCUCUUCCCAACCAUAUAUCUUGGUUAAAGAUCAACUUGCGAAAGCUAAAGAAGAUGUAUCUCUGUAUCAGUCCUUAUACGAGAAACUACAGGUGGAGAAAGACAAUCUUUCGUGGAGGGAAAAAGAAAUGAAUUUGAAGAAUGAUAUAACUGAUGUUUUUCGGCGAUCUUCCACCAUUGCUGAUUCCAGAAUAGCCUGGCUAGAAAAGGAGAUGCAGAAACACAUGCAAGAAAGAAAUAUGAUUGAGGCCAAGCUGGAAGAAGCAUCAAGAGAACCUGGUAGGAAAGAAAUUAUUGCAGAAUUUAAGAAAUUGGUUUCUUCAUUCCCUGAAACCAUGGGCGAUAUGCAGAAUCAACUAAGUAAUUAUAAGGAGACUGCUUCAGAUGUUCAUUCACUACGAGCUGAUGUUCAGUCACUUUCCAGUAUUCUUGACCGGAAGUCAAAAGAGAUAGAAACAUUGUCUGCCAAGUCAGCUUCCCAGGUGACUGAAAUGCUGAAGUUGCAAGCUAUGGUUAAUGAUUUGAAAGAGAGUGAUAUGCAUUUAAAGCUCAUUUUGGAAAUGUACAAGCGUGAAUCUGCUUUCUCAAGGGAUGUUUUCGAGGCUCGGGGUUCCGAGUACAGAGCUUGGGCAUGUGUUCAGAGUUUGAAGACUUCUCUUGAUGAACACAAUUUGGAAGUGAGAGUGAAAUCUGCUAUUGAAGCCGAGGCUAACUCCCAGCAGAAGCUAGGUGCUGCAGAAGCUGAGAUUGCUGAGCUGAGACAGAAGUUGGAUGCUUCUAAAAGGGAACGGUCUAGACUCUCGGAAGUCUUGAAGUCCAAGCAUGAAGAAACCGAGGCCUACCUCUCUGAGAUUGAGACAAUUGGGCAGGCCUACGAUGAUAUGCAAGCUCAAAAUCAGCAGCUUUUCCAGCAAAUCACAGAGAGAGAUGAUUACAAUAUAAAGCUUGUUUUAGAAGGAGUACGGGCAAGACAACAGCGGGAUUGUUUGGCCUGGGAAAGUCAAAUCACAGAGAGAGCAGUUGAAGAUGCCAAUACAAUGGUCAAUUCCUAUGAAAUGAAAGCUGCCAAAAUUGAUGACCAGUUGAGGGGAUGCUCGGACUUGGUCCAGAAACUUGCUGACGAUAGGGGUCAGAAUUCUCUUGCUUUGGAGAACACCCAAAAACGGUUUUUAGAUGUAAGAAAAUCUUCCCAGCAAUUGCAGGAGACGCUGGAAGAAUGGCAAUCCAAGAUCGACAAAGUUCGAGUUGAUCUUGCACAGUUGCAGAUAGAACUAGAGAAAGAAAGGUUUGAGAGAAAAAGAGCAGAGGAGGAUGUAGAAGCUCUGAGGAGAAAGACUUCACGUUUGAGAUCACACAUUGAAGGGUCAUCUGUUAUUGAGAAGCUUCAGCAGAAACUAAGGGAAUACAAGGAAAUACUCAAUUGUAGUAUUUGCUUUGAUAGGCGCAAAGAGGUUGUCCUCGCGAAAUGUUACCAUCUCUUUUGUAAUCCGUGUAUCCAAAAAAUUGUAGAGACUCGUCACCGCAAAUGCCCUGUCUGCUCUGCAAGCUUUGGAGCAAAUGAUGUGAAGGCCGUUUAUAUCUGAUCAGAAACAUGAGGAUGUCUAUGCCUUUUAUUAUGUCGCUGUUGUGAAGCAAGAUUGUCGUUCACUGAUGGUCUGGGCAUAUAUUUAUGCAGGAAAUAACAUAAGAUAGAAAAAAUUUCUGGUGGUUGAAAGUAGAUGGUCUGCAUGGAUUUUCUGGUGCUAGUCCAAAGGUUAAUGAUUUUGUUAAUCUUUUGCUGGUGCUCGUCCAAGGUUGUUGAUCUUGUUCAUUAACCUUUACUUUAUUUUAAGUGGAUGCACUUAAGUUCA